UAAAUAGCAUUUGUGUGCACAACCUCCCUGCCUGUCUUCAGAAAGUGCUGUCUCAGCAGUGCGAGGCCUCGGCUUUAACGUAAACAUUGGCAUACGUUGCUAGUCUGGGUUGUGAAAUGUUUAGUGCGUGUACUCUUGGGAGUUUGCAAGCGUGUACCAUUCGUGGUAUGGAUCAGCUUCUGCCUGGAAAUGUCUAACUCUAGUCAGGAAAGUGAAUAGUUCUGGUUUACUUUAUAAUGGAAAGGGAAACCUUUUGUCUCUCUUAGAGCAAGAUGUAGAAUUGAAAGGUAGUUUGUGCUGUGCCUGUAGCCAGGCCUCUUUCCUUUUGCUUGGAGAGCUUCUGAAAAAAUCCUCUAAUCAAGCGAUUUUCUUCUGUCCAGUAAGGUAAUUGGUUAUGGUUUUGCCAGGCCUUACGUUAGCCCUUUCAAUUAGUGAUUGACUAAACCUCUUUAAAACCAUUUGCUGUCUGCUUUGCUCCCUGGGUGGAGAGGACCCUGCUACGCGCCGUCUCUUCAGUGGUGCUUUGUACUCCUGCUUGUUUCUGAGCUCUGGCACAAUGAUGCACGUAUGGAAGAGGGCGUGUGGACCGAUCCGGAGAGGUACACCCAACAAACUCGGGUGUGGGAAUGGCUGCUGCCACCUUUAGAGGUGGACUUGCAGUCCCAUCUGUUUUGAUAUGAUUGAAGAAGCCUACAUGACAAAAUGUGGACACAGCUUCUGCUAUAAAUGUAUUCACCAGAGCUUGGAGGACAAUAACAGAUGUCCCAAAUGCAACUAUGUUGUGGACAACAUAGAUCACCUUUAUCCCAACUUCCUAGUCAAUGAACUUAUUCUUAAACAGAAGCAAAGGUCUGAGGAGAAAAGACUCAAACUGGACCAUUCAGUGAGUAGCACCAAUGGCCAUAGGUGGCAGAUAAUACAAGAUUUGUUGGGAACUGAUCAGGACAAUCUUGACUUGGCCAAUGUCAACCUGAUGCUGGAGCUGCUGGUGCAAAAGAAGAAGCAGUUGGAGGCAGAGUCCCAUGCUGCCCAAUUGCAGAUCCUUAUGGAAUUCCUCAAAGUUGCCAGGAGAAACAAACGAGAGCAACUGGAGCAGAUCCAGAAGGAGCUAAGCGUUCUGGAGGAAGAUAUUAAACGAGUCGAGGAAAUGAGUGGCUUGUACUCUCCAGUCAGUGAGGACAGCACAGUGCCGCAGUUCGAGGCUCCCUCGCCUUCACACAGUAGUAUUAUCGACUCCACGGAGUACAGUCAGCCCCCAGGCUUCAGUGGCAGCUCUCAGACCAAAAAGCAGCCGUGGUAUAACAGCACGCUAGCCUCGCGACGCAAGCGGCUCACAGCUCAUUUUGAGGACCUGGAGCAGUGCUAUUUUUCCACCAGGAUGACACGCGUCUCGGAUGACAGCAGAACCACAAGCCAGCUGGAUGAGUUUCAGGAGUGCCUAUCCAAGUUCACGCGCUACAAUUCUGUCCGACCCCUGGCAACGCUGUCUUACGCCAGUGACCUCUACAAUGGCUCCAGCAUCGUAUCCAGUAUCGAGUUCGACCGAGACUGUGACUACUUUGCCAUUGCUGGGGUGACAAAGAAGAUUAAAGUCUAUGAGUAUGGUACAGUCAUUCAGGAUGCGGUGGAUAUUCACUACCCUGAGAAUGAAAUGACCUGUAAUUCCAAAAUCAGCUGUAUCAGCUGGAGUAGUUACCACAAGAACCUGCUAGCCAGCAGCGACUAUGAAGGCACCGUCAUCCUGUGGGAUGGAUUCACGGGACAAAGAUCCAAGGUCUACCAGGAGCAUGAGAAAAGGUGCUGGAGUGUUGACUUUAACUUGAUGGACCCAAAGCUCUUGGCUUCAGGCUCUGAUGAUGCCAAAGUGAAGCUGUGGUCUACCAACUUGGACAACUCAGUAGCAAGCAUCGAGGCCAAGGCCAAUGUGUGUUGUGUCAAAUUCAGCCCCUCUUCUAGGUAUCACCUCGCUUUUGGCUGUGCAGAUCACUGUGUUCACUACUACGAUCUUCGUAACACUAAGCAGCCAAUCAUGGUGUUCAAAGGGCAUCGCAAGGCAGUCUCCUACGCAAAAUUUGUGAGCGGGGAAGAAAUCGUCUCUGCGUCAACAGACAGUCAGCUGAAACUGUGGAAUGUAGGGAAACCUCACUGCUUGCGCUCCUUCAAGGGUCACAUCAAUGAGAAGAACUUCGUAGGGCUGGCGUCCAAUGGAGACUACAUCGCCUGUGGAAGCGAAAAUAAUUCCCUUUACCUAUACUAUAAGGGCCUCUCAAAGACACUGCUGACGUUCAAGUUUGAUACAGUCAAAAGUGUCCUGGACAAGGACCGGAAAGAAGAUGACACAAAUGAGUUUGUGAGUGCUGUAUGCUGGAGGGCGCUACCAGACGGGGAGUCCAACGUGCUGAUUGCUGCUAACAGUCAGGGUACAAUUAAGGUACUGGAGCUGGUAUGAAGGGUUUUCUCUCAAGGCAUGAGGUACUUGGUCCUGCUACAGUGUUCGUCUGGGAUCCUCAGCGGGACAAGAAACCAAAACCACCUUGAUGUUCCUCCCCAAAACCAUCAUGUUUGGGUUUUUUUCCAUUUAUGAACUUUAUAGGACAUUUUGAGACACUGGAAACACCAGUGAACUGUCUGCCAUCAACAUUAACUCCACAGACUUUGCUGCUGCUGGUGGUGGUGGUAUGGUUGUCUAAUUUUUAUGAUAGGAAAACAAAUUCUUUUAAAUAAAAACAAAAAGGAAUAAUAAAAUUUAUUGAGCCACAAGCUGAAGCUGGAAGAUUCUCUCUUGUUGCAUAUGGGAACAGAUUUACUUGGGAAGGGAGCUUACAGGACCACACAGGGCUGUCUUCAGUUGUACAUCUCUGGUUACUUUCAUCUGGACUGUUCCUUCAUCCCAUUGGAAAAAAGAAAGUGUCUAAGCCUUACCUGGACAUGCAAGCAAUCUGCUUUGAGAUCCCAUCAUGCUACGUUUCGGUUGUUCCUUUGAUUUAUUUUUCUUUUAGAUACAUUAAAUGUUGAGAAAUGUCGCCGAGGAUGACACUGCUGGAGACCGAAUUCCUCUGGUCGUCAAGAAGAGAGGGGCAGCUUCCCCUUCCUCAUCUCCUUUCGCCCCUGCCUCCACCCCGAGGGGCAGCUCCCAAGGAGGGGAGUAAGUAUUCUUCUGUCCCCUGGAGCCUGGGCCUCUGCCUGCCACCAGCAGCGUGCUGAGAUGAGGUGACCUGCAGUUGCCUGGGACCUGGACUGACCUCACCAAGACCUUGCGGGAUAACCAUCUCCCUCCCCUCUGACCUGGCUGCGCUUGACGAUCUCAGCUAGAGGAGGAAGCUUCUAGAUCCAGUUACCAAAGCCCUGCACCACUUAAUCGCCCGUGUGGUCUGGUUGUGUUUGCCCCUCUCUGCACACCACGGAAGCCAAACGUUUAGAAUGUUGUAAUAAGAGAGGGGAUGGAGUUGGUUUGUAAUGUGUUUCAGAGCCAUGAUAUAAGUAGCCUUAUUUUUAAUGGUCAUGCAUACACUUAAUUGUACAUACGGAGGGGGAAUAAACCAUGAUGCUAAGAGUUGUUGUUGCUUUGUUGGCAGGACAGCAGGAGGGGUAAGAAGGUGCAGAUGGGCUUUAUGAGUAGCAUUCAUGCUGAGCUGUCAGGAUUGCUGCCAGAACUUGUUAAGCUCGAAAGUGGAAUUGGUGGGCGUAGCAUCUUUUCCUGGUUUGGGGCGUCAGAGGUGCAGCGAUACCUGUAGGAAGUGGUUUUGGUUUGCAAAUAGAAUCUCUCUCUGUUCAUUCAUUGCAGUCCCCGUCUCCCUUGUGCCUCUGAGGCUGAGAUUGCUGCAGGGACUUGGCUGGUAGUCCGGCUGGUAACAGCCUGAUUCUGGUCUUCCCAGAAGGAUUGUGAGGUCUUGUGACAUCCUUUGGUCACAGGACAGAAAAGCAAAAAUGAGGACGCUCUUGGGCAAAGAACAAAGGAGCAGGGAUGAAGCCUUUCAGAGGCAGGACAGAUCCUGUCCUGGUUCAGUGUUGGUGCCCGUUUCUGGUGGGGUCGCGGGGGACCAGCAGCUCUGGUUCUCAGCACCUGGGACACACUGAAAUUGCUGUUGGCUUCUGGAGUUGUCCAGUGGGGAGAAAUGUGAUGUUCAGCUCUGAGAGGUGUGGAUUUCUUCCAUGAUUUCUGGCACGCCAGUGUGGGGAAGAGCAAUGAGAGGAGGAAGGAAGAGAGAGCAGGGCACGCUAGCGCGUCCUGCUCCAAGGUGCUGUCUGCAGGUCUCCAUUGUAUGAGUCACUGUGGCAGAAGGAAACAAAAUUGGUUCCUUCUGUCUGACGGCAGCUGUCUGACGCGUCCCGCUGAGCACUAGCUUGAUUUCCAUUUUAAGAGAAUCUGGUGCUGGGUAACUGUGCUGAGCUGGGCAGAGCAUCCUUCCCAGCCAGGCACCUCUGAAGGCAGGGCCGCUGCAAAAAGUGCCGUCAUCGCUCUUGCUCCUUCCCCUGGUUUCGGGCGUGGGUUUCCCUCAGCUUCUGGCUUGUGUAUCGAUGCCUGCUAAUCCAUUCUGCGAGCUGCUGUGGCUGCCGUUGCCCCCCUGCUCCGUGCCACGCAGCCGCUGCUUGGCAGGUGACCUCAUUCCUUCUCUCCCUCCACUUGAAGGUCCUCUGUGUUUUAAAUUGAAAUCACUUUGGUGAAGCUGAGAUCGUCAAAACAAGAAAACA